AUGUCUCUAUGGCGGACACGUUGUAUCAGGGACCGAUCAAUAACACUACUGCGCGAGGGGUUGGACGGAAAGAGUGCGGGCCUCGAGUAUGGCCAGCAAGAAAUACAUACUGACGGCAUGAACCUGGACGGGUACUACUGUACCAAAUACGGCCCGGGAAAAUGCAACGUCUUCUGGUCAGAGCCAAGCAGUGGCGUCGAAAAGGGGAAAGCGACGAGCCUGGCUUAUUUACAGAUGAAGGAUGAGUAUUGGAGCACAACUACUGAUGCAAUGCUACCGGGGCGGAAGUCCUGA